GCGCGCGGCGGCGAUGUUGCGCGCGGCGGCGCUUCGCGCGCUCUCCGGCGCGCUCGCGUCGACGUCCGCGAGGAGCGGCGCGAUGCGAUCGUUCGCGACCUGCGGAGCCUCCCGCGCGACCGGCGGGCGGCCCGGCGACGACGACGGGCACGAUCCUUUCGGAGACUGCACGUCGAGCGGGUGGGAGGGCACCGAGGGCGCGGACGCCGACGCCGACGCCGCCGGGGGAUCCACCGCUCGGACCCACCCGACGACGCACGACGACGGUUGGGAGGCCAACUUCGAGGACCUCAUGGCCAUGGAGGACUCCUACGGAAGCGGCGUCGAGGAUCUCAGCACCGCCGCCAUGGAGAUGGCAAACGCGCGCAUGGCUGAGCAGAAGCGCCUGCAGGAGGAGAUGCGCCGUCUCAGGGGGAUUCAACCGGGAGACAGGGUCCGCGUGCGGGUCAGGCACGGAGCGCCGUACCCGGAUCCCAUCAAGCGGUACCACUACACGUCGCCGUUCGGGGGAGCGGGACUGGGCCACGAUCCGUCGGCGCGCGGCAAGGGCGCAACCGCAGCCGACGCCGACGACAACCACGAUGCGCCGGGCGGCGGCGACGAUGAGGGCGGCCAAAGGGAAUCGUCAAAGGGAAUCGCGUCCAAAGGCGACGCCGCGACGGGGACGACGACAAAGGGCGACGCCGCGCGGCGGUGGAAGAUCGUGGUGGAGAUUGGCUACGUCGUGUGCACGCGCGGGGACAGGGUCGGGGUGAAACGGAACGGACACCCCGAAGACACCGAGACGUCUUUCCCCACGUACCCGAAGUCGUGGGUUGAGGUGCUCAACGUGGGAGAGAUGUGGGACAUCAAGACGGGCCCGCGGAACCUCGGCGCGUUCGCGAGCGAGGAGGAUUACGCGCAGGCGCAGGCGGCGUGGGCGGAGGCGACGAACUUUGGAAACGACGCGGGCGCUCCGUCGGGCCGAGCCAAAGCCGCCGAGCGAUGACGUUAGUUAGCGACGGUAUUUUUGGUGGUAUUUAGCACCACGAAGCGAUGACACUUAGAACGUCCUCGUUCGUGCUCGUUCCUACGCGCGGUCCCUGCGUUCAGCCUCCGGCGUGUCCUCCGCCGCGUGAAGCUCCCUGUACCAGUCCCUCUUCGCCGGUAUCGUCCCGCCGCCGCCCAGAGCCGGGUGACCUCCUCCGAAGAUGGUGGGCUCGGGUCUGGGCGCCGGUUGCCGAACCGGCUCGGGGGUGCUCUCGUAGAUCCUCAGGUCCGCGCCCGUCGCCGUCGCCGCCGCCGCCGCGCCGCCGCCGCCAAAGUCUCGCGGCUGACGUCGAGUCCCCCUGUCCUUCUCGCGAUCCUUCUCGCGAUCCUUCUUCUCCUUCUUCUCCUUUUUCCGUCGCUCGCGGUCGUUUCUACGAACGUCCACCACGUUCGUCGGCUCCACCCGGUUCUUCCCAAUCGGCGACAGCAAAACGCGCGACGGGGAGACGAACGAGGUCGACGAUCCAUCGCGCGGCGACGCCCGCCCCGAUCCGUUCGUCGAUCCAUCGCGCGGCGACGCCGGAACCGAAUCCGCGGGCGACCGCGUGUCCACCGUCGCGUCACCGUCGAAGAGUUUCACCCCCCGCACGCCCUCCUCGAUCGCCGCCGAACCGGCCGCGCCCUCCUGCACCACCGAAGUUGGCUUCGAGCUCGGCGCCUCGGGGGACUGCGCGGGGGUGAUCCUGGGGGAGUCCGCGGUGCCCUUCCGCGCUUUCCGGAACAUCCGCCGGAACGCCGCGUUGAUGAUUCCCUUGUGCCGGCGCCUGUCGUCGCCCUCGUCGGCGUACGCGUCGUCGUCGAAGGAUUCCCGAUACGGAUCCUCGUCGUACGGGUAGAACGUUCCGCCGUCCGAGUAUUCCCCGUCUUCGCGAUACUCCUCCUCCCCGUCAUCCUCCGUGUACCCCCCUUCGUCGUAUUCUUCCCCAUCUUCUCCCUCUUCUUCUUCCUCCCCGGAGCUCAGGACGGACUCGCCUGAACCCGAUCCCUCGUCCCCCUCGGGUAUGGUCCCGCCGCCGACGCCCUCGCACAGCUCGUCGGACAACACCCCGACUCCCCCGUCGUCGUCGCCACCACCCCCGUCGAACGCCCGGUUACGUCCCGUCACCAGCGACGGCGGCUCGAUCUCCCUCGCCAUCCGUCGCCGCCGGCCGAGCGCCGCCGCCGCCGCCGCCGAAGCCGAAGCGGCAUCCGCGCCCGCGCCGCCGUCCUGCUGCAGGUACACGUCGAAGACGAUCUUACCACCCUCGAGCUCCGCCAGGAUCGGUGCCGUCACGAUGGGGCACGCGUGCGACCGCUCGUACCGCAACGUCGCCG